AACUUCGAAACGAUGCGACUUGGGGGGUCGGAGUUUGGCGGACGCCGAAAUCCUGAUAAUGCAAUUGAUACUGGACGUCGAGGCCGUGUUGAUGGGAACUUCGGAAGCAAAACACGCAAUUUCAGCCCAGCAGCUGAUGGCUUCGGAGAACGCAGUGGCAACUACAGUGAUCCAUGGUCAAACAAUGAGAGUGAUCGAAACAGAUAUGAAGGCUCUGGCUACCGAAGUAACCGUUUUGGCGGCGGUGGAGGCUUUCGCGAUGGUGAUCGAAAUAGUGGGUUUCGAGAUAACGAACGGACCAGUGGGGGCUUCUUUGAUAGCGAACGGGAUGGCAGAGGUUACCGUGAUAACGAGCGUGGUGGUAAAGAUUUUCAUGACGGUGAACGCAACAGCGGAGGUUUUCGCGAAAGAGGGCGCCGUGGUGGAGGAUCAACUUCUUGGGAUAAUGGACGCAGUGGCGGAGGUUUUCGCGAUAACACGCGUGGUGGUGGCAGAUUCCGUGAUAAUGAACAUAGCGGCAGUUGGGGUUCCCGCGAUAACGAACGUGGCAGUGGAGGUUUCCGUGACAACGACCGUGGUGGUGGUUUUCGUGACAGCGAUCGUAGCGGUGGCUGUCAUAACUGUGGGAAGCCAGGCCAUUUCGUACGUGACUGCCCGGAGCCUCGCAGCGGUGGUUUAGGUGAAGGCCGGAGUGAAGGACGUAGUGCUUUUGGUGGUGGUCGAGGUGGAGGACGCGGCGGUUUGAGCGAUAACCGAAAUUGGAAUUCAAGACGUCCUUCUGAGAAGAGCGAUCAGCCUCGUCGUCCCUUUCUAGACCGUGACACUCAGAUACUGAGAGAUGAGGACCCGAUGAGUUUGGAUAGUUGCUGUGUUAUUGGUUUGAAGACAUCUAGUGUAACAUGA